AUGUUCACACUGUACUCGAAAUUGAAAUGGCUCUAUAAUACGUCCAAAUUUGGCUACUAUGCUCCAUUGAUUGCACUCAUUUCCUACACAAUGCUUGGUGCUGUCAUUUUCAAAACAUUGGAACACGAUGAGGAUCAAAAAAGACGAGAUUUCUUCAAGAAUGAAUCCGAAUAUGCGGUUAAUCAGGUACUCGAUCGAAUGCUCGAGGUCCGCUGCCACGACGAGUUGUUGAAGAGUUUAGAUCGAUCCGAACAGAUCCGACAUGCUCAGGAUGCGCUUUUUUGGUUCCUCGAUCACCUUAAUUUAACCGAGGUGAUCGAAGAACGAUCGGACGCGUCACCGUGGACGUGGUGGAGUAGCAUGUUUUAUGCUGGUCAAUUGUACACAACUAUUGGCUACGGCUUUCCAACGGUGAAAACGGUGUCUGGUCAAGUGGCCAGUUGUCUCUACAUUAUGAUAGGUAUUCCUAUAUUUCUCAUUAUUCUCAAAGAUGUCGGCCGAUUAAUGUCGAGGGGAUUGCGAAAAUUCUAUAAACGCUUGAAACACUCGAAAAUCGCCGAGAAAACGGAGAGAAUUCGGAGAUUUUCCUCGUCGUCGAAACAAAUCUUUAAAGUGGAUCUCCACUCAGAGAGUGAGGCUUUAUCAAAAGAGAAUGGGAUGGGGAAAACGAAAAAUAAACAGCCUGAGCUAGAGCCGGUGAAACAGAACAAAAUCAACGAGAGAAUCCACGCCGAGAUGGGAUUUCCCAUUCCGAUUGCGUUGGCCAUUCUAUCGCUCUGGAUCUUGUUCAGUGCCGCUCUCUUUUGUAUUUGGGAGACCGAAUGGGGUUACUUGACAAGCGUCUACUUUUUCUUUGUUUCAAUCAGUACGGUCGGUCUUGGUGAUAUUUACCCGUCAAAGCCCGACAUGAUGAUCUUCAAUUUCAUUUUGAUCCUCGUCGGAUUGGCUCUUUUGUCAAUGUGCUUCAAUUUGAUACAGCUAACACUUGAGCGUUUCCUGGAUCGUUUACUCGACGAAUACAUUGAGGAAAUUGAGAAAAUGGCCGAAAUCGUGCACCAAGAUGAUCCAGCAACCGAGCACGCGAUUCCGUUCGAAUUCAAAAUGACGACGGGCGGCCUCCUCACGGUUCCCUUCAAAAAAGUCACCGAAGAUCAUGGAAUUCUGGCCGAGAUUAAAAGUUUCAUGGCGGAAAAGGUGGCCGAGAAUUUGAUCGCCUCGAGACUGGGCAAUGAUAACACCGACUCGGAAGAAGAACAAAUGCCGAAAAGUGAUGAGAAGAUGGAUGAUAUGGAGAGACAAAGCAGCAAAACGGCUUCUCGUCGAAGCAGUCAAGCCGCUCACCUCUUCACCCCACAAAAAUAUCAACUCAAUGCGCGGCGACCAUUCCUGAAAACGAUUCAAACUUUGGAGAAGAUUCGGCCGCACAAAGGGGAUUUCAGAUCAGUGGUCUUCUCGAAAUUCGUCACUUCGGAUCGAUUGACGAGACUUGUCGAGGAAACAGCAAAACCUCUUGCCGCCAAGAAAAGCGUUUCGAUCUCGUGCCAAACUGAGCCCGAACCAAAAAUGAGACGACUUUGCGGGAGAAAAAAGUCAAGAGAUUCCGUCUCCACGGUGAACACGUGCGAUUCGGUGAUUUCUACAACUCCGUACAAGGACAUCUACUUCGAUUACUCGACCGACAUGUCGGCCAUCGAUCAAUCGAUUCUCAACAUGAAAUCGACGCUUAGUAUUUUGCGAAUCGAGGACGAGGAGCCGAUUUUACAAUCGAAAUUGAUGCGAAUGAGAUCCCCACCAAAAAUUCGUGUUCCAACUGGUCUCCCCGCUUAUCCCUCAACGUCAACUUCAUCGGGCGCGAAGCGUAUCCACCGUCCAUUGAGACAUAUUCCAUCAUCGCCGAUCACUUUUGAGACCGAUGACUCGUUUAGAGAUUCCGGCGGUCCAUCUCCUCUACACGAUACGCGAUCGCUUCCGUCGAGUGAAUUCUCGAGACUUCAGAAUCUCUGCGGAUUUUUACCGAAUGACUUCGCGGCACGGCGACGCAAAGGUUCACUUGAUAUUGACAGUCCAUCGAAUGGUAUUGACAGUCAUCGAUCGAAUUCUUCGAUUGAGGAGUCGAUUUUAGAACCACCAAAGACAAUGCAAAAGCCCGAUCCUGAUCCCGAUCUCGAGCCG